UCACACGGAGACGGACGCGCACCGAGCACCGAGCACCGAGCACCGAGCACCGAGCACCCCGCCACUGAUGCCCGCUGGAGCUCCGAGAGACUGAGUCUGCAGACAGUCAGCGCCAAACUAAAGAUCCGUUACAGAUAGACAGAAGGAGAGAGGAGAGAGAGGAGAGAGAGAGAGAGAGAGUUUAUAGUCAUGAUGUCCUACAUGAAACAGCCUCAUUACUCGGUGAACGGCUUGACUCUGUCCGGUACCGGGAUGGACCUCCUGCACUCCGCUGUCGGUUACCCCAAUACUCCGCGGAAGCAGCGGCGCGAGAGAACCACGUUCACGCGCGCGCAGCUCGACAUCCUCGAGGCACUGUUCGCCAAGACACGGUACCCGGAUAUCUUCAUGAGAGAGGAAGUGGCUCUCAAGAUCAACCUGCCCGAGUCCAGAGUCCAGGUGUGGUUUAAGAACCGUCGUGCGAAGUGCCGUCAACAGCAGCAGCAACAGACCAGCGGUCAGACCAAACCCAGACCACCGAAGAAGAAGUCGUCUCCGGCCCGAGAGCCCAGCGUCAGUGAGCCCAGCGCCAGCACCAACACCUACAGCCCUCCACCUCCUCCUCCACCCGGCACAGCCAUCACCCCGAGCUCCAGCUCCACCAGCGCCACCGUGUCCAUCUGGAGCCCGGCCUCCAUCUCUCCGCUCCAGGACCCUCUGUCGGUCUCCAGCACGCCCUGCCUGCAGCGCUCCAGCGCCUACCCCAUGACCUACACCCAGGCCCCGGCCUACGGGCAGAGCUACGCCUCCUCGUCCUACUUCACCGGGCUGGACUGCAGCUCGUAUCUGUCCCCCAUGCACCCGCAGCUGUCGGCCACAGGGGGCGCUCUCAGCCCCAUGAGCGGGGCCCUCAGCCAGUCGCCCGCCUCGUUCUCGUCGCAGGGCUACACCGCCGCGUCCCUGGGCUUCGGCGCCGUCGACUGCUUAGAUUACAAAGACCAGACGGCGUCCUGGAAGCUGAACUUCAACGCUGCGGACUGUCUGGACUACAAAGACCAGAACUCCUGGAAGUUCCAGGUCCUGUAGAGCGUCCAGAGAGAGUUCUGCUGCACUUCCAAACGGUUCCAAAAUGGGUCUCUUUGGCAGCAAUGCCAUAAACGGACGACUUUUGGUUCCCCAAAGAAUCUUUGAGUGAACAGUUCUGAAUAAAAGUGUAAAAGAAUCUGCUGAAAACAAUAAAAUGAAUAAAAAUAGAACUCCACAGUGUUGGGGGAACGCAUUACAAGCAACGCAAGUUAUGUAAUCAAAUUACUUUAUUCAAGUCACUAAUGAAGAAAGGUAUUACUUUUGAAUUUACAAUGAAAUACCAGAGUUACUUUGUCAGAUGAGUAAAGCCAGAUACUUUGUUUUCUCAUGUUUUGAAUGACAGAUCUGUUGAGAGAAAUCUGAGACGGAAGAUCUUCCUUCAGGCUGGAGAUAAUUCAUUUCACUUUUGGUGUAAAAAAUAUUACUUUUUUUGUUUAAAAAAUGAGUAAGCAAGCCCAAUACAGGUGAUAAAAGGCAAUGCAAAAGUGAUGUAAUUCAUUGCCUCAAUGAAAAUUAACAAAGUAGUUCAAUUAUUUACUUUUUCAUGGAGUAAUGCAGAACUUUUAAAAGUAUCUUUCCCCAAAACUGUCUGCAUUGGUUCUAAUGGAUAUAAUUGACAUUUGUCCCAAAACACACUACUGGAAACCACUUGAUACACUCUUAUAAAGGUCCAUAUUUUAUUAUUAUUAUUAUUAUUAUUAUUAUUAUUAUUGCAGUGAUACCAUAGAAUGACCAUUUUGGGUUCCCCAAAGAGCCUUUCAUUGAAACACUUUUCUACAUUUAAUAAUCUUUUUCCACUAUAACGAACCUUUUGUUCAAUGGAAGGUUUCCAUGUCUGUUAAAGGAUCUUCAUGGAUGCAAAUUCUUCCGAGUGUAAUGGUUUAAUGGCUAACAGUUGAUGGUUUGGAUGUUUAUAUUAGUAUUUGUAGAUUAAACCAUCAGCGCUUCUGACAUGGUUUUAUUGCCAUUGAUGGUUCCCAAAACCUUUAAAAUCAAUCAAACCAUUAAAGACCAUUUGAAACCAGUUCUUUGGGUUUUAUAAAAGGAAGAAAACCCCAACUGAAAGGUUCUUUAGAGAAACCCCGAAUGGUUCCUCCGUGGCAUCGCUGUAAAUACUCCGUCAUGUUGUUUUUUGUUCUUUCUCAGCAGCGUUUUCCUUUGGUCCGAUGGAAAGGUUCCAUGGAGAACCUUUAUUCUUAUGAAUGUGGAUAAUGAACGAUCUUUAUUCUGACUCAACGCUCGAGUGAAGCGUUUGGACACAUGGACAGAAGUACAGCUGACUGUGGAGUCUGUCUUGAUUAUUUCUGAUAACGCUGAAUGAGGUGUAGCUGCUAGAUGAUAGAAGUGCUGAAGAAGCUCAGAUGUUUAGAGGACGAUCAUCUUCAUCAUCUGAACUGCUGAAGCACAGUCUUGUUGUUUUAGGAGCUUUAUCAUUAGAUGAGAUUUCAGAAUCCCAAAUGUUUGUGAAUAACUGCUCUUGAAACUGAAGAACGAACUGCUCGGAGCCUCCAGGAGCAAAGCAUGCUGGGACACGUGAACUCUAGCUGAAGAUGUUUCGUUUAUGUUCUAUAUGUUUUCUUAAUUGAUAUUUUGAUUAGAUCAAACAUCUACUGUCUCUUCUAAACCUGUCAAAUGUUCAGUAUUUACACGACUGUGAUUCUGAAACGUCAAACUUUACUUGAAUGAAAUCACGUGUUGAGUUGCAUGGAAUUGAACGACUCUGUCACGCUUGACGUUUAGAUGCUGCCAACGAUCGGCGUUUGUUUUCUUCUCAAUCUCAGGGUUUCUGACGCUCAGACGCAGAGCUUUUAUCGGCUCGUUUGUAAAUCAGCGCUCUUUUCUGAUGUACGAUUCUGUCUUUCUUUGUAAUGUCCUGCUUUUCAUUGUGUUUGCUUUUAGUCUUGUAGAUCUGAGACUUUAAUGAAUUAUAAAUAAACAUCUCUUUACAUAAA